UGCACAUUCCCAUUAUCGAUGUUGAAAGCAAAGCAGCUUGGCAUUUUGGAGCCGAAGUUUUUUUUGUUUUUUUUGUGUCCCUCCUCCACCAUCGGUGUAUUAAAACAACACAUAUUUUAUCAGCAAUCAACGCAACAAAUCGUAGCGCAGCUGUGCGUAAAGCCCACCUGAAGCAAAGGAUCGUACCAUCCUGUGGGCUCAACAAGGAACAGUUGAACGCUCAAUUAUUUGUCGCUAAAUAUAGCGAAGCGGAUAGCUGACACGUUCGUGUAGCAGUUCUCACCGAGUUAACCCGUCCAGGACCGCAAUCAAUGCAACGAUCGAAGUGAGCAGACGAAACAGAACGCACUUGUUUGUCUCGCCAGUCAGAUCGGCAAUCGCAGAGGAGAGUUAUUCGGCAAGUAAGCAUACGUAGCAAGACAACGCGUCAAGAUGCCGGAAAGUGGACCCGUGUAUCAGCCGACGACGGUUUCGUUCGAGGCACGCCCGAGUGCCGGUGGUUUGCUGGCCCAAACUACAGCCGCCUCGUCGAUGAAGAUGCUCCGCAAACCGGCCAUACAGGUGUCGAUACUGGUGUUUGGUUUGAUCAUGUUCGCUACAGGAAUAGCACUAGUGGCUAGCGGAUCUGCAGACUACUCCGAUGCCGAACAGCAUCCGGAAAUCAAUCCGGAGGGUAAGGUGCAGGAAGAGCAAAUCGAUGUGGGAUUGAUCGUGACCGGUGCGAUCAUUACACUGUUCGGAAUCAUAUUCUUAGGUCUGUACGUGAAGGUAGCCGAUUGGCGCCGUAGCUGCGUCUGUCCGUGUGUGCUGUCGAAGAAGCAGGGCCUGGCGCGGCAGCUGCAAGGUAACGGCGGUGGUCAAAUACUUGCCCUGAACCCGAGCACGGAUCCGCUGGUGUCGCAUACGCAGUAUGCGCCCGUGUCCGAAAUUCCGACCCGCCAGGAGGACGAGGAGCGACGGAACCUGAUGCCGGACAGCAAGGAUUCGUGCAUGAGCAGUGCGGAAGAGUCGGACCGGAUGCUCGAUACGGAUCCGCGGAUCGUGCUCAGGCCGAUCGGGAGCACCCUGGAGGAUGCUUAAAUGUACGUACAGCAAAACCACCCUCCCCCACACACACACCGAUGAUAGAAAAAGAGUGUAGGCGAUUGUUUGCCAAGUAUGUCAAGCAAGGGAAGGCAUACAGAGAAAGAAGGCAAGGUAGUAGAGGAAAAAGGAGGAGGAAAGGUUUGCAAGGAAACACCGGUGUUAUCAUUUAAGCGCAAUUUUCCUCCAUUUCCUUUUGGUUCAUUCCUUCGCGAGACCAGAUUAACGUACGAUUAGUAUUCAAAUUUAUUAUGUUUUUGACAAUACACAAACAGAGAAAGAGAUCUUACAACUAACACACAUACAGUAGCAUCACACUAUUGUGAAGCGAAGGGUCAGCAUUCUUUAACGUGCAUUUUUGGUUUAAGCAGCCGCAUAGAGAGAAAGAGAGAGUGAGGGAAAACCGAAGCAAACAAAUAGUAUUGAUUUUGUUAACUGUGUGGGCGCUAUGUGUGGAAGUGUUUAAGGGAAUAUUUUUUUCGAGAUAUUAUUAUUUAUACCUGAUACAAAUAAUGUGCUUAAAUGCUAGUGCUUUUUUUUUUGUUAAAGUAAGAGAAAGUGCUUGUUUAACGUUUAUCUCACGAAAGGUUCACCGGAGUACCUUUACGAAGCAGUCUAUUAAUAAGCGCGUUAGGAAAAUUGUCUUUUUUGUUUAGAUUUUGCACUGAUUUUUUUUAUAUAUAUGUAAGGGGUUCGCGCUAGGUGAGUGAGGAAGAUGGAAGAUAGCAAACGCUAUACGCAAAUGAAGCAACUUAGUGACAAAACAAAAAUGUACCUUUUUAUACAUUUCAUUACUACUUAUUCGUACUUAAUUUUCUACUGCAAGGAAGUACUGGAACUAGUGAAGGACUAAUUAGCUUUUCAUUUUUUUGUGUACCGGUUCGGAAUUUGAAACGUUCGGAAUCUUUUUAAUCAAAAAAGGCAAUUUAUGAACAGGGAGAGAACCGUCCAAGUGCAUCCUAAUAAGCAAAAAGUCCCUUUUUUUCUCUCUCGCUCGCACGCCAGUAACACAGCAAGACUUUAGGUUGAGUGAACACCGAACUAAGCGUGUUGUAGUGUAAGCAAGGGCGCGUUAGCAUAUUGUUCUUCUGCCGGUGCUUGUUUUAUGCUUGCUUUUCCCACGCGCGAAUCAACGAAUCAGCAACAACAACUAAAAGAGCCAAGAUUGUGAACAAAGAUGGCCUAAACUGUGUAUGGCUGACUAAAAUCAACACGUUUUUCCUUUCGAUUCUGAUGUUCGGUUGUUUGUAAUAGUGCCACAGGGAGCGACAAAGCAAAAAACCAAACAUGUUACAAGGAUUCAGUAUUCAAACAAGGAAAACACAACACAUUGGUCUGGUUUUUGUUGGUGUUUUUUUUUUACGUUUUGCGCCAGGAAGUUAAAGAAAACAAACAAAUUCAUAUUUCAAAAGAAACGUUCGAGCAAAGGCAACGGUGUUCCAAACAUAUUCCACGGAACCCACGGAACAGGGGGAAAAAACUAGAACGACGAUCGCAGUACACAUUUUUAAAAUAAAUCUCUUAAUAGUAGGUUAGUUUACGGA